AUGGGCUCAAAGCUCCUUCGCUUGCUGCCCCUUGUGGCAUACACUUCGGCCUUAACUCUGUACUCGACUUACAAAUUCAACCCGCUCGAGCACCUCGGCGGCAUCGCACCGUACUUUGAACCACAAGACCCUCCGUCGUCUCCUGAUGUCCCCCAAGGCUGCACAGCAGAACGUGCUGCCUACUUGGUGCGUCAUGCAGCAAUCUAUGCCAACGACUUCGAUUUCGAAGAGUACAUUGAGCCGUUCCUCGAGAAGUUCCAAAACAACACAUCCAUCGACUGGAACAGAGUCCCUCACUUGAGCUUCCUGGCAGACUGGGAACCUCCCGUCUCGGAAGCGGAGACGUCGAUUCUCACACGCGUGGGUCGUCUCGAAGCAACGCAACUAGGCGUCGACCUCGAGUUCAGAUACCCCAAGCUCAAGCUUCCCCAGCGUGUGUGGACAUCUUCGGCGGAGAGGACCUACAAGUCUGCCCAGUCGCUCGUACGCGGCCUGGAGAUGGACGAUGACACGAUGAACGUCGUGAGCAUCUACGAGUCCAAGGAGUCCGGCGCCAACAGCUUGACGCCAUACAAGGCGUGCCCUGCAUACUCUUCUUCUGCGGGAAGCGAGCAGUCCGCCGUGUUCCAGAACAAAUACGCCAAGCCCAUUACCGAACGCCUCAACGCCCUUGCGUCCGACUUCAACUUCACCGUCAGCGAUGUGUUUGGGAUGCAGCAACUGUGCGGGUACGAGACCGUCAUUCGCGGCAAGUCCCCCUUCUGCGACCUCGACCUGUUUACGCCCGACGACUGGCUGAGCUGGGAGUACACCGAGGACAUCCGUUACCACUACAACGUCGGCUACGGCAACGAUAUUUCGGGAUACGUUGGCCUGCCGUGGCUCAACGCGACUGCGAACCUUCUGCUGGGUGAGGACUCGGAGGAGGAUUUGUACGUCAGUUUCACCCACCGCGAACUGCCGCCGAUGGUCCUCGUGGCAAUGGGUCUGUUCAACAACUCCGAGGCCGGCGGAGGCAGCGAGGCGACGAUCAACUACACCAUGCCCCUCGACAAGAUCAACCACCGCCGCGCGUGGCGCAGUUCCCACGUCCUGCCGUUCCUGAGCAACAUUGCUAUCGAAAGACUCAACUGCACGGGCAGUUAUGGUUACGAGGAUGGAGAGUACUACCGCGUGCUGGUGAACAGCGCGCCGCAACCUUUGCCAUACUGUGUUGAUGGCCCGGGCACGACUUGCUCUAGAAGCGGGUUCCAGGAGUAUCUCCAGAACCGUGUUGAGAAGUUCACGGGUUUCUCAGAGAAGUGCGGUGUUGAGUAUGACAACAGCACUGAUACCAUGUCGAUCUACGCCGAUGCGUCGGUUGGGAAUGGUACCACUGUGGGAAAGCGGUACGCGGCUGCGUUCUAG